AUGGGGCCAGACUCUGGAGUCAACAUUUCAGACGUUCCUUAUGGGGGGAAGAGUGCUUUCACCCAGCUGGAGCACAACAUCGUGGCUGGAUAUCUCCUCACUGCAGGCGUUAUCAGUUUGACCAGUAACAUCGUGGUGCUGCUCAUGUUCGUGAAGUUUAAAGAGCUCCGAACCGCCACCAACUACAUCAUCAUCAACCUGGCGUUCACAGACAUCGGGGUGGCCGGUAUCGGCUAUCCCAUGUCUGCAGCGUCUGACCUCCACGGCAGCUGGAAGUUUGGCUACACAGGCUGUCAGAUCUAUGCAGCUCUGAACAUCUUCUUUGGGAUGGCGAGCAUCGGCCUGCUGACUGUAGUCGCCAUCGAUCGCUACCUCACCAUCUGCAGACCGGACAUAGAGCAGAAAAUGACUUCCCGAUCGUACAACCUUCUUAUCCUGGCGGCAUGGUUGAACGCUGUGUUCUGGUCCACCAUGCCGGUCGUGGGCUGGGCUGGCUACGCCCCGGACCCCACCGGAGCCACGUGCACCAUCAACUGGAGACAGAACGAUGCCUCCUUCGUCUCCUACACCAUGGCGGUGAUAGCGGUGAACUUCGUGGUGCCUCUGUCCGUCAUGUUCUACUGCUACUACAACGUGACGGCAACUGUGAAGAGAUACAAAGCCAACAACUGUCUGGACAGUGUCAAUGUGGACUGGUCAGAUCAGAUGGACGUCACUAAGAUGUCCAUCGUGAUGAUUGUGAUGUUCCUGGUGGCCUGGUCGCCGUACUCCAUGGUGUGUCUCUGGGCGUCUUUUGGGGACCCGAAGAAAAUCCCCGCCCCCAUGGCUAUCAUCGCUCCACUCUUCGCCAAGUCCUCCACCUUCUACAACCCCUGCAUUUACGUCAUCGCCAACAAAAAGUUCAGGAGAGCCAUCAUCGGCAUGCUCAGGUGUCAAACCCGGCAGCGAAUCACCAUCAACUCCCAGGUUCCCAUGACGACCUCCCAACAAACCCUGACCCAGUGAGGUGAAGCUUGUC